UUUGUAUGGGGAAGGGGAAGGUCUCCGGCUGGGCGAGCGAGCCAAUGGCGAGCCCCUCUCUGGUUUCGGGGGAAGGGUGUCCCGGGCACCCCGUUUAUAAGCCGUUGCACGCACCCAGAGCCGCUCUACAGCACACAGCUUUCGAACGCAGGGAAGCUUCUGGGCUGUUCAACCGGUGACCUCUCACCAGCCGACCUCGCGCCACUCCGAAGCAGCCCCGAACCAGCAAGAUGGCCGAAGACCCCGAUCCCACCGACUACCUGUACGUCUCUCUGGAGACCAAGAGGAAGGACCAGACCAAGCCGUACGAUGGCAAGAAGAUGGUUUGGGUGCCCGACGAGAAAGAGGGCUUCAUCCUGGGCAACAUCAGCUCCACCAAGGGAGACAUGGUCACCGUUGACUGCCCAGGCGGCGAGCGUGUGUUGAAGAAGGACCAGCUGCAGCAAGUGAACCCGCCCAAGUUCGAGAAGUGCGAAGACAUGUCGUCGCUUACCUACCUCAACGACGCCUCCGUCCUGCACAACCUCAAGGAGCGAUACUACUGCCACCUCAUCUACACCUACUCCGGCCUGUUCUGCGUGGCCAUCAACCCCUACAAGAGGUUCCCCAUCUACACUAAGCGCGUUGUGGAGAUCUACAAGGGCCGCAGGCGCACGGAGGUGCCUCCCCACGUCUUCGCCGUUUCGGACGGAGCCUACAUGGACAUGUUGGCCAACCGCGAGAACCAGUCCAUGCUUAUCACCGGCGAGUCUGGUGCCGGUAAGACGGAAAACACGAAAAAAGUAAUCGCGUACUUCGCCCACGUCGGCGCAAGUAGCAAGAAGGAGGAAGUCAAGAAGGACACCAAGAAGGGCAACUUGGAAGACCAAGUGGUGCAGACGAACCCUGUCCUUGAGUCCUUCGGUAACGCCAAGACAGUGCGUAACGACAACUCUUCCCGCUUCGGUAAAUUCAUCCGUAUUCACUUUGGUCCCAUGGGCAAGCUCGCUGGUGCCGACAUCGAAACAUAUCUGCUAGAGAAGGCCCGUGUCAUCUCCCAGCAACCCGCUGAGCGUUCCUACCACAUCUUCUACCAACUCAUGUCCGGCAAGAUUGCUGGCCUCAAGGAUAAACUGCUCCUUUCCAACAACGUGAAUGACUACCAUUUCGUGUCCCAGGGUAAGACUAGCAUCGAGGGUGUCGACGAUGGUGAAGAGUUGCUUGUUACCGACACGGCCUUCGACGUGCUCGGCUUCACCGACGAAGAGAAGGAAAACAUCUACAAAGUGACAGCGGCCGUGAUGCACUUCGGUUGCCUUAAGUUCAAGCAGAGGCCCCGCGAAGAACAGGCCGAGGCCGAUGGCACCGAAGAAGGCGAGCGUGUCGCUCAUCUGCUCGGCCUGAACGCCGCCGAUCUGUACAAGAACCUGCUCAAGCCCCGCAUCAAGGUCGGCACAGAGUUCGUCACCCAGGGCAGGAACAUCACCCAGGUCACGGCCUCGGUGGGUGCCCUGUCCAAGGCCAUCUUCGACAGGCUCUUCAAGUGGCUCGUCAAGAGAGUCAACGAGACCCUGGACACCAAGCAGAAGAGGCAGCACUUCAUCGGUGUACUCGAUAUUGCCGGAUUCGAGAUCUUUGACUACAACGGCUUCGAGCAAAUUUGCAUCAACUUCACCAACGAAAAGCUGCAGCAGUUCUUCAACCACCACAUGUUCGUUCUGGAACAAGAAGAGUACAAGCGGGAGGGAAUCGAGUGGGUCUUCAUUGACUUUGGACUCGAUCUCCAAGCUUGUAUUGAACUCAUUGAAAAGCCUAUGGGUCUGCUCUCCAUCAUGGAAGAGGAGUCUAUGUUCCCCAAGGCCACCGAUCAGACUUUCCUCGAGAAGCUGAAGACCAACCACCUGGGCAAGUCUCCCAACUUCAUCAAGCCCAAGCCGCCUAAGCCCAACCAGACCGAGGCUCACUUCGCCAUCGUCCACUACGCCGGAACCGUGCCCUACAACCUCACCGGCUGGCUGGAGAAGAACAAGGACCCCCUGAACGACUGCGUCGUUGACCAGUUCAAGAAGGGCUCCAACAUGUUGCUGCAGGCCAUCUUCGAAGACCAUCCCGGUCUCGGUGGCGGCGACGACAAGGGCGGCAAAGGUGGCCGCAAGAAGGGUUCUGGUUUCCAGACGGUGUCUGGCCUGUACAGGGAACAGUUGAACAAGCUGAUGGCAACCCUCAAUAGCACUGCCCCCCACUUUGUCCGCUGUAUCAUUCCGAACGAAACCAAGUCCCCAGGUGUCAUCGACUCUCACCUGGUGAUGCACCAGCUGACUUGCAACGGUGUGCUGGAAGGCAUCCGUAUCUGCCGCAAGGGUUUCCCCAACAGGAUGAUCUACCCCGACUUUAAGCAGCGAUACACAAUCUUGGCGCCCAACGCUGUCCCCAAGGGUUUCGUUGAUGCGAAACACGUCGGUGAAAAGGUCAUCGAGGCCAUUCAGCUCGAUGCCAACGACUUUCGCUUCGGACACAGCAAGAUCUUCUUCCGCGCCGGUGUCCUGGGUCGCCUGGAGGAGAUGCGCGACGAGCGGCUGAGCAAGAUCAUGACCAUGAUCCAGGCUGCCGUUCGCUGGUAUAUCUGCAAGAAGCACUUCCAGAAGCUCAAGGAACAGAGAGUUGCUCUGCUGGUCAUCCAGCGCAACCUCCGCAAGUUCCUCCAGCUCCGCAACUGGCUCUGGUGGAAGCUGUACAGCAAGGUCAAGCCCCUGCUGUCUGCUGUGCGCGUGGAGGACGAACUGAAGCUUUUGGAAGAGAAGCUGAAGAAGACAGAAGAAGCAUUGGCGAAGGAAGAGAAGCUUCGCAAGGACCUGGAAGAACACAACGUGAAGGUACUGCAGGAAAAGAACGACCUCUUCCUGCAACUGGAGGCCGAAAGGAUGGGUGCCGGCGACGUGGAGGAGCGUCUCAACAAGGCGCUCACCCAGAAGGGCGACCUCGAGAGUCAGCUAGCCGACCUCAACGACCGCCUGUCGCACGAAGAAGACGCCCACGCUUCACUCAGUCAGUCCAAGAAAAAGCUCGAGACCGAAAUCUCCGGUCUCAAAAAGGACAUCGAGGACAUGGAGCUCGCGCUCCAGAAGGCCGAGCAGGAUAAGGCGACCAAGGACCACCAGAUCCGUAAUCUCAACGACGAGAUCCAGCACCAGGACGAGCUCAUCAACAAGCUGAACAAAGAAAAGAAGCACCUCCAGGAGGCCAGCCAGAAGACGUCUGAAGACCUGCAGGCCACAGAGGACAAGGUUAACCACCUGAACAAGGUAAAGGCCAAGCUGGAGCAGACCCUGGACGAGCUCGAGGACUCUCUGGAGCGCGAGAAGAAGGCCCGUGGCGACAUCGAGAAGAGCAAGCGCAAGGUGGAGGGAGAUCUCAAGCUUGCCCAGGAGGCCGUUGCGGACCUCGAGAAGAACAAGAAGGAGAUGGAGCAGAACCUGCAGCGCAAGGAGAAGGAGAUGGCCAGUCUCGCUGCCAAGCUCGAGGACGAGCAGGCCCUUGUUGCUAAGCUCCAGAAGCAGAUCAAGGAACUCCAGGCGAGGAUCGAGGAGCUCGAGGAGGAACUGGAAGCCGAGAGGCAAGCCAGGGCUAAGGCCGAGAAGCAGCGUGCCGACCUGGCUCGGGAGAUCGAAGAACUCAGCGAGCGCCUCGAGGAGUCUGGCGGUGCCACGUCAUCCCAGAUUGAGCUGAACAAGCGUCGCGAGGCCGAGCUGUCCAAACUCCGGCGAGACCUGGAGGAGUCCAACCUGCAGCAUGAACAGGCCAUGUCCAACCUCCGCAAGAAGCACAACGACACCGUUGCCGAGAUGUCCGAGCAGAUCGACCAGCUCAACAAGCACAAGGCCAAAGUUGAGAAGGAGCGCGCCACCAUGUCCGCCGAAGUGUCCGACCUCCAAUCCCUCCUGGACCACAGCAACAAAGCACAGGCCAACGCCGAGAAGCAGGUGAAACAACUCGAAGUUCAGCUGGCCGACGCUCAGUUCAAGGUGGACGAGAUGAACAGAACUCUGAACGACCUGGACGGCGGCAAGAAGAAGCUGGCCGUCGAGAACAGCGAGCUACAGAGGCAACUCGAGGAGUCCGAGUCUCAGGUCGCCCAGCUCAACAAGAUCAAGGCUUCGCUCGCCACCCAGCUCGAGGAAGCCAAGCGCAUGGCCGACGAAGAGGCCAGGGAGCGUGCAGCCAUCCUGGGCAAGUACCGCAACCUGGAGCACGAUCUGGACAACCUGCGCGAGAGCGUGGAGGAGGAACAGGAGGCCAAGGCCGACUUCCAGAGGCAGCUGAGCAAGGCCAACGCCGAGGCGCAGCUCUGGAGGUCCAAGUACGAAAGCGAGGGUCUGGCACGUCUGGAGGAACUCGAGGAGGCCAAGAGGAAGCUGCACGGCAAGCUGCAAGAGGCUGAGGAGGCCAUGGAGCAGCUGAACGCCAAGUGCAGCGGACUCGAGAAGACCAAAUCUCACCUGCAAGGCGAACUCGAAGACAUGUCCAUAGAAGUCGACAAGGCCAACGCCCUGGCCUCCUCCCUAGAGAAGCGCCAGAAGUCCUUCGACAAGGUCAUCGCCGAGUGGAAGGCCAAGGUGGACGACCUGGCCGCCGAGCUGGACGCGUCCCAGAAGGAGUGCCGCAACUACUCGACCGAAGUAUUCAAGCUUCGCGCCGCGUACGAGGAGAGCCAGGAGCACUACGAGUCCGUGAAGCGGGAAAACAAGAACCUCCAGGACGAAGUGAAGGACCUCAUGGACCAACUGGGCGAGGGCGGACGCAGCGUGCACGAGCUCGAGAAGUCCCGCAAGAGGCUCGAGAUGGAAAAGGAGGAACUCCAGGCAGCGCUCGAGGAGGCUGAGGCCGCUCUCGAGCAGGAGGAGAACAAGGUACUCCGCGCCCAGCUGGAGCUUUCCCAGGUGCGCCAGGAGAUCGACAGGCGCAUCCAAGAGAAGGAGGAGGAGUUCGAGAACACGCGCAAGAACCACCAGCGUGCCCUGGACUCGAUGCAGGCCAGCCUGGAAGCCGAGGCCAAGGGCAAGGCAGAGGCCCUCCGCCUCAAGAAAAAGCUCGAGAGCGACAUCAACGAGCUCGAGAUCGCGCUCGACCACGCCAACAAGGCCAACGCCGAGGCACAGAAGAACCUCAAGAAGUACCAGCAGAACGUCAAGGAUCUGCAAGGAGCACUGGAGGAAGAGCAGCGUGCCCGGGACGAGGCCCGUGAGCAGUACGCCUCUGCUGAACGCCGCUGCAACGCCAUGCACGGCGAGUUGGAAGAGAGCCGCCAGCUGCUGGAACAGUCGGACCGCGCCAGGCGAGCCGGCGAGGCUGAGCUGAGCGAGAUGCACGAGCAAGUGAACGAGCUCUCGGCCAACACCGCCUCCCUGUCCGUCGCCAAGAGGAAGCUCGAGGGAGAGAUGCAGGCACUCCAGGCUGACCUGGACGAGGUUCUCAACGAGGCCAAGCAGUCCGAGGAGAAGGCCAAGAAGGCGAUGGUGGACGCCGCCCGGCUCGCCGACGAACUCCGCGCCGAGCAGGACCACGCCCUGCAGCAGGAGAAGCUCCGCAAGAGCCUGGAGCAGCAGAUGAAGGAACUCCAGGUGCGCCUGGACGAGGCCGAAGCCGCCGCGCUCAAGGGAGGCAAGAAGAUCAUCCAGAAGCUCGAGCAGAAGGUCCGCGAGCUCGAGAACGAGCUGGAGAACGAGCAGCGCCGCCACGGCGACGCCGCCAAGAACUUCCGCAAGGGAGAGCGCCGCAUCAAGGAACUGCAGUUCCAGGCCGAGGAGGACCGCAAGAACCACGAGCGCAUGCAGGACCUGGUCGACAAGCUGCAGCAGAAGAUCAAGACGUACAAGCGCCAGAUCGAGGAGGCCGAGGAGAUCGCCGCCCUGAACCUGGCCAAGUUCCGCAAAGUCCAGCAGGAGCUGGAAGAUGCGGAGGAGCGCGCCGACAUGGCCGAGAACACGCUGGCCAAGCUGCGCGCCAAGAACCGCAGCUCCGCGUCCGUGGGCCGCGCCAUGUCCCCCGGCGUAGGCACGCCCCUGAGGACCUGAGCUUUCCCGUCGAGCCCCUUUCCCGUCUCUUUCCGAAACUCCGACCCGGCUUCCCUGCGAUUCCCGAGGCCCUCCCCCGGCCGACCGCUGCGAGGUCGCGCCGAGAGGGCCGCUGAAUGAGCAAUAAACGACACUUUCCAAA